CAUGCAGCAGCCUUGUCUACGGCACUUGAUUCCACGACACCACCCUUUCCACAUGGGCCACGAGCCUCGCUAGAGGUGUCUAUCUCUUGGUCAUCUUGAGAUGAUAGAAUGUAUACCUGCGUUGAGAGACGGGGAGCCUUCUUGGAAGGCUCUGUAACUGGAAAUGGCGGACGUUGGGGGGGAGAAAUCGGUUCGGCCGGUGCAUAUAACGCCUUGGCUGGCUCAUCUUCGAGGGGCGUCUGCGAAGGAGGAUCAGCUCGACUUCCAGAUGUCUGAGACUGGUGCUCGGGGGAGCUGAAUCCUCCAUCAUCAUCAGCAAAGCUAUCUGCUAACUCCCUUGCCUGCUGGGAUGAGCUAGGGAACAUGUCUUCUGCGUUGUUGAGGAGGAAAGCCUGGGUGCUUGCAGACAAUACGCAGGCUUCAGAGGGAUGCGUAGGCAUAAGGCCUGACACAGUAGCUGGAGACUCUUCGGCAGGAUCUUGGGCCUCUGCGUUCGUCAAAGGCAUGGGGACAACGUCUGCAGCGAGCUGGUCCUCCAGAAG